UGGUGACAUGUUUCGGGCCAAUGUCAAGGGGUGCACCUCCUCGUAUAAAAAGCAGCCGCCAGACCCCCAGGCCAUCAGUCAAUCAAUCAGCUUUGAUACGACAACAACAACUCAAUCAAUAUGAAGGCCUGUCUGAUCGUGUUGGCCGCCGUCGUGGCCGUCGUGCUCGCCGAAGCCCCGGCCCCGGCCCCGUACCCGCCCGCUGGCUACCGUCCUGCGAAGGCCUUCCUGCUGCCCCUCAAGUUCAGGCAGCGUUACGAGGCCUACGGACCCCCGAACCCAUCCCCUUCCUACGGUCCUCCCCCUCAGCCCACCGAAGCCCCUGCUGAGCCGGAAGAGGAGCCCACCGAAGCCGCCCCCGAGGAAGAGCCCGCCGAAGAGCCCGAAGCCCCCGAAGAAGCUGCCCCUGAAGAGGAAACGACUGAUGCACCGACUGAGGAGGAAGAACAGAGCACCGAGCCCCCUACUGAGGAAGGCCGUGCCUCCGAGGACAACGAGGUGGCCCAGCCGACCGGCCUGUACUACGUUCUGCUGCCCGACGGCCGCCUCCAGCGCGUCAUCUACUCGACCGGCGCCCCUGAACUCGGCUACACCGCCCAGCUGCGCAUCGCCAACGUUGACCCCAUUCCUCCUGCCCCCGUCUACGCCUACGGAGGCCCCCUGACCAGGAUCCUGAGGAGCGCCAACUAAAUUUGUGCCGUUCACACGUCCCAAGUGCACAAUUUUGUAAAUUGCCGCUGGUUAUAAUUACUGUGAUCUCUUAUUCUUCCCUUGUCCUUUCCCUUCCGCUUUCCUGUCCAUGAACGCCUGUUUGUUGUUUCCUCGCGCACACCGCUUUUACGUUUAGAGAUAUUUUUGUUUAUUUAUGUGUAAUAUUUACUGAAUAAAUAAAUGAAAUGCAGAUGAAACUCAA